CCGCCGGAAGCGGAGAGUAGACUCGCGCCCCGCGGACGUCACCUCGCACGGCCCCUCCCUCCGCCCUGUGACACCGCUGCCGGCCCCGAGCAGGCCCCGGGGGGAGCGCCGCGGCCCCGCGCACGCCGAGUCUCUUUCCCCGGCAUUCGACCCUGUGUACCAAAGAAAUGGUGAUGGAGAAGCCCAGUCCCCUGCUUGUAGGGCGGGAGUUCGUCAGACAGUACUACACUCUGCUCAAUAAAGCUCCUGACUUCCUGCACAGGUUUUAUGGCAGGAAUUCUUCUUAUGUCCAUGGAGGACUGGAUGCUAGUGGGAAGCCACAAGAAGCAGUGUAUGGCCAAGCUGAGAUACACAAGAAAGUGAUGUCACUGCAGUUCAGUGAGUGCCACACCAAGAUUCGCCAUGUGGAUGCUCAUGCCACUCUGAGCGAUGGGGUGGUGGUGCAAGUCAUGGGGGAGCUGUCUAACAAUGGACAGCCCAUGAGGAAGUUCAUGCAGACCUUUGUACUUGCUCCAGAGGGGUCUGUUCCAAACAAGUUCUAUGUACAUAACGAUAUCUUCAGAUAUGAAGAUGAAGUAUUUGGGGAUUCUGAAGGAGAACUUGAUGAAGAGUCUGAAGAGGAGGUGGAGGAAGAACAAGAGGAAAGACAACCGUCACCUGAACCUGUGCAAGAAAAUGCAAGCAGUACCUACUAUGAGAAUCAUCCUGUCACCAAUGGUAUAGAGGAGGCACUGGAAGAAUCGUCUCAUGAGCCUGAGCCGGAAUUGGAAUCAGAAACAAAACCUGAGGAGCUGAAGACUGAGGUAGAAGAAAAGGCUCUUGAGGAGCUGGAAGAGAAGUCUCCUUCUCCACCUCCUGUAGAACCUGUUUCACUACCCCAAGAACCACCAAAGGCUUUCUCUUGGGCUUCAGUGACCAGUAAAAACCUGCCUCCUAGUGGUACUGUUUCCUCCUCUGGAAUUCCGCCCCAUGUUAAAGCACCGGUCUCACAGCCAAGAGUUGAAACAAAACCCGAAGCUCAAUCUCAGCCUCCUCGCGUGCGUGAGCAGCGCCCAAGGGAGCGACCAGGAUUUCCACCCCGUGGACCUCGACCAGGGAGAGGGGAUGUGGAGCAAAAUGAGUCGGACAAUCGCCGAAUAAUCCGCUACCCAGACAGCCAUCAGCUGUUUGUUGGGAACCUGCCGCAUGACAUCGACGAGAGUGAACUGAAAGAGUUCUUCAUGAGCUUUGGAAAUGUGGUUGAACUCCGCAUCAACACAAAGGGAGUUGGAGGAAAACUGCCCAACUUCGGAUUUGUGGUAUUUGAUGAUUCUGAGCCAGUCCAGAGAAUUUUGGUUGCAAAACCCAUUAUGUUCCGGGGUGAGGUGCGCUUGAACGUAGAAGAGAAAAAAACAAGAGCUGCUCGUGAGAGAGAGACCCGAGGCGGAGGUGAUGACCGUAGGGAUAUUCGGCGCAAUGAUAGAGGCCCCGGGGGUCCCCGUGGAAUAGUGGGUGGUGGCAUGAUGCGCGACCGCGACGGCCGAGGACCCCCUCCAAGGGGAGGCAUGGCGCAGAAGCUCGGCUCUGGACGAGGCAGUGGGCAGAUGGAAGGGCGCUUCACGGGACAGCGUCGCUGAACUCCACCGCAGGCAGACGGUCCUGGCAGUGGUACAUCAUCCAUCGUGUUUGCAUUCUUGUUCAUUUCUUUUGGCUUUGGAAUGUGACACCGCCCUUCUGAUCAUUUCUUUGAUGUGAAAGCAUCCUUUGGUUUCCGGUUUAAAUUAAAGUGGACGUUCUUUCCCCAGUUUCACAACAGAAGUCACACUGUUAAUUUAUAAAUGUUGACUUGGAGAAUUGAGGACUGGAAAGAUUAAAAAAAAAAAAAAACAACAACAGAAACAACAAAACAGUAAACUGUCUGCAACAAAAGUGAACUGAAGGACAUGCCCAAUAAAAUUCAGGUCCUUACAGUCAAAGCCCUCUGCUGCACAUUUUGUGUAAGUGUUACUGUUUCUGCCUGUUACUGUUGGAAACACAGUGCAAUUUGUGCAAUCGGAGAAGCUUGCCUUUUUGUUUUCUUUUGUUUUUUUUAGAACACUUGGCUCCAAACAAACUCUUGUUUACACACUCAUCAAAAUGCACUACUGGGUACUUUGAACUCGUGUAUUGACAUCUGCAGGAGGCAUCGGAGGAAAAAACCCUUCUUUCUCUUACUCAGACAGAAUAGCUUGUGAAAUGGUGCGGGCGUCCAACCUGCUUGCUGUGACCAACAUAUGCACACACACAAACCUUAACAAGACUAUGAGUUCAUUCCAGAAGGAAUCCAUUUAGCCGUUAACUAAACAGAACCUAGAGUUUCGAAGCCGUAGUCCUGAGUCCUUAAUGAGUUUGAUAGCUCACGUCAGAUUUUUCUAUCUGCCCCUCUUCAUACAGGGAUGGCUGCUCAACACACUCCUCCUUCCCCUCUCCCCUUCGAUAAGCAUUGUACGGUGAAAAUUGUCUUGACUGUAUUUGAGUUCUCUGGUAAUGUAACAAGCAUGAUGGUGCCUUCUAUGAAUACAUCAUUCCAGUCUUGCUGGUGAUUUUGUACAGUGUAGUGUAUGAACUACUGUCCUGCAAAGCCAAUUGGCUGCAACGCAUCUGAAAAAAAUCACGGAAAAAAUGUAUUAAAAAUUGCAGUAUCUGUCAAUCAGUAAACGUUGCUGAAAUUAUCA